AUGAUCGGAAUGAUGAAUAGUGGUGCCGAAUCAUCGGUGGAAUUCUAUGCGGCCGCCCGUCAGAGCAGUCUUUAUGACGCAAGAAAACGGAGCAAUCCAUUGAGAACAUACACUCCAGAAGGCCGUGUCCUCGUCAACGGAGCUCCACUCUCUCCAACUUUGGACGCAAAUGACCUUUGGAAAAACAUGAUCAUCAAAACGGCAGCUCAGAAAAUGAUCAGAGAAAAUUGCGAGAAAAAAGAAUCGGGACCAAUGGCCACCAUCAAACGAUUAUCCGAAAAAUUCAAGUUGAAAAAGUCAAAAUCAUCGGCAGCAAUGAUGAAUUUGGACUUGGAUUUGGAUAUUCCAGAAGUGGCGGAAGUCGAAUCGAGCUCGAAAAAUCUAGAGACACCUAAAACUACAGUAAUCUCAAAAGCUCCAACUCAAUUUGUGACGAAUAUCACCAUCGAUGAGAGCGAUUUUGUUCAGCCAGUUGACCGCCCACAAAUGCUCUUCGAAGACACCAGUGUUUUGGCACGCCUCAUGGAAGAAUCCGCUUUAAUGGAUAAAAUGGAAAAAGAGUCAAAGGACAGUGGAAAAGGAUCAAUUGAUGACGAGAUGGUUGUGGUACACAAAAUGUGA